CUGCAUUUAAGCUUGUUCUGACGCAACAAAAGCAACUCCCAGCCAUGGCGCGACACCAACGACACCCGCGGUGGUGCUGGGCCCUGCUGCUGCCACUCGGUUGGGCCUUCCUCGCCCCUCGUGUUGGCACCCGGCCACCUCGUGAACAGACUCGAUGGGUGGCUGCGCGGGCAGAGGACCCCUCCGUGGAGUCGGAAGACGGGCGUGCAGCGGCUUUGAGGAGCUUGGCGGCCUCUGCCCUGACGCGCGAGACGGCGCCAGAAGAAGUCUUUGAAGCGAUCCGGGUCUUGGAAAAAGCCAAGAAUCGUAGCGGCGACUCGGGAUUCUCCAAGUACCUCACGGGAGAGUGGAGGUUGAUCUACACCACUGGCACCAAGAAAACUGAAGAUGAGGUGGGCCGAAUUAACUACGUCCCCAUUACUGCCGUGCAGCGCUUCGAUAUGGAGAAGAAAUUCAUCCGCAACGGAGUAUACUUGGGCCCCAUCUCCUUGGAAUUUGAGGGCAGCUUCCGCUGGAUCGAGGAUCAGAGGCGAUUGGAAUUUGAUUUCGAGGAGCUCAAGGUCGCGGGCUUCAGCCUCGACUUGCCGGACUGGCUGCGCAGUAUGGCUGGCAUGAAGAGCUCCACGCCCUACAAGAAGCAGCCCGCCUUCAAUUUCGUGGCCGUGGACGAUCAGAUCGCCGCCGCCCGCGGCGCUGGGGGCGGUGUGGCGUUGUGGCUCCGCAAUGAGCUGGUGAAAUAGCUGCAAUCCAGCUGCGAGCUGACAGCCCGGUUACAAAAAAG